AACACAACGUGCGGAGCGUUAAGUCCCUCCCCGGAUUUGACAAACGCGCACGCAUCUUGUGCUUGUAAACAGAAGCUCACACGUGACACGGAGAGGCGAGCAGAGUCGCGCGACCGCAUUGUCUGAGCGGACAAAGGAGCGCACUGUGAGCUCGAGCUUCGGCCAGGUGAGCGGCCAGGUGUUAUGGCAACCGACGUUAUGCGCCGCAACGCGAAGCCGCGAGGCUGUGCUCCUUUAAAGAGCGACGUCCGGGGACGCGUGCGCUCGCUCGGGCUCGAUGUCUGAACCGCAAAUCCCGGAGCUCGGUGGGAUAACGUCGUUGACUGCGUUCUCUCGCUGCUCUCGCGCACGCAGCUGGCUUACCGAACAGGAGAGCCUUUGUUGUUUUAACGCCAAAAGCUGGCCGAAGGGUCAUUUCUCUCCGCCGCCGUCGUCAACUAGCAGUAGCCUUUAGCCUCGGCGGCCGAACAAAUUAAUUUCUGAAACGACAGCGAGCCCGCGUGCGUCGUCCAGCGGCUGGAUGAGAUGUCUUUCGCCAUGGAGGAUAGUUUGGAGUCCGGAUGGGUGUCAGUGCGACCCAGGGUGUUCGACGAGAAAGAGAGGCACAAAUUCGUUUUCAUCGUGGCCUGGAACGACGUCGAGGGAAAGUUCGCCAUAACCUGCCACAACAGAACCGUCCAGAGACGGAGCACUUUUCUGGACUUGGAUUGUAGCCCCGCCGCUGCCGCCGCCGCCGCUCAGAGUCCGGCCAAAGCGAAAAAAGCCGAAGCCUGUCAAGCUGAUAAAGUUGGACCGCACUCUGUCCCGACAGGAAAAGCCGCAACAAACACCGGAGAUGGGGGCAACGCUGUAAAAAGCGGCCGUUCAAAGGCGCCCGAGUGCGCCAGCAGUCCCACAUUAGGGUCCUGGGACAUCGUGACGCCCAAGGAGAUGGACAUGGAGAUCCUGGACUCCGCGGACGUCCCCUCGUCCCCGGAGGACGCAGAGCCGGGAGACGGCGAGGCCGGCCUCCGCGAGGACUUCAGCUGGGCCGGCCUGUUCUCCUUCCAGGACCUGCGGGCGGCCCACCAGCUGCUGUGCGCCGUCAACUCGGACCUGGAGCCGUGCCUGCCCUCCUUCCCGGAGGAGCAGUCCGGCGUGUGGACGGUGCUGUUCGGCGCCCCGGACAUGUCGCCGAGGGAGACGGACGCGCUGUGCUACCAGCUGCAGGUGUACCUGGGCCAUGCCCUGGACACCUGCGGCUGGAGGAUCCUCUCCCAGGUGCUGUUCUCCGAGACCGACGACUCGGAGGAGUACUACGAGAGCCUGAGCGAGCUGAGGCAGAAAGGCUACGAGGACGCGCUGGAGGCGGCCAGGAGGCGCAUGCAGGAGGUGUUGGACAAGCACAAGGCCAUCGACAGCAUGGUGGAGCUGCUGCAGGUGUACCCCGAGGAGGACGAGGCGUACGGAGAGCUGCUGGAGGCCACGACGCAGCUGUACCACUACCUGCUGCAGCCCUUCAGGGACAUCAGGGAAGUGGCAACUCUGCGGCGGCAGCAAAUUAAGAUCUGCCUGGAGACGGAGCGUCUCGGGCCUCGCCGCGUGGACAGCCUGAGGAAAGAGGACGAGGAGUGGCAGAAGAAGGCUCACACCGCCGUGCUCUCUAUUCAGGACCUGACCGUGAAGUUCUUUGAAACCACAACCCGAGCUCAGAAAGCUCUUUAUGAGCGGAUGCGCGCCGACCAGAGGAAGUUUGGAAAGUCGGCGUGGGCCGCCGCUGUCGAACGCAUGGAGCGGCUGCAGUACGCCGUUUCCAAGGAAACUCUGCAGCUCAUGAGGGCCAAAGAAAUCUGCCUGGAACAGAAGAAGCACGGCUUGAAGGAAGAGAUGCAGAGUCUGCAGGGUGGGGAGGAUGCAAUGAUGCGUCUGGACCAGCUGGAGGCGCUUUACUACGAGCUGCAGCUGCAGCUGUACGACAUUCAGGCCGAGGUGCUGCGCUGUGAGGAACUGCUGCUGACUGCGCAGCUGCAGAGUCUGCGCAGGCAGAUGAUGGAGCGACAGGAUGAGGUGGUGUACUACGAUGCCUUUGAGAGCCCAGAUGCCAUGAAGGGUGAAGAGGAACCUGCACCCCCACCAUCGCCCCUCAGAGAUGAAGAGCUCUGUGUCCUCCAGCAGAGGACGCGGCAGCUCGAGGCCCGGAGGGGCCGCAUCACCACCAAGAAAGUCUACCUCAAAAACAAGAAGGAAAUCUGUAUCUUCAACCACAACCAGAAAAUCCAACAGCGCCAAGGAAGUAAUACUGACUGCAACUCUCUGCAGGUAGUGCAACAGGGAGGAGCGACUGCAGAAGACGAUGAAGCCAAGAGAAACGUGUCGGUGAGUCAGGAAAGGCAGAGGACUCUGGACCGACUGCGCAGCCUGAAACAGCGUUACCCGGGCCAGGUGACUCUAAGGUCCAGCCGCCUGCGCCUGACUCAGACUCACAGUCGAAGGCGAGCGGGGCAGCAGCCCAGCACCCAGGCAGUCAGCGUCCAGACCGACUGCAUCUCUGACCUCCCAGAACUCUCUGCUCCGCCUCCACCCGACGUCUACAGCUGCGCCUCCCUACCGUCCGACGACCUCCAGAGUGUUAAAGCUUCGCCCUCUUUCCUCUCGCUGCCUCCUCUCUCGUCAUCUCCAUCCAUGCUCUCGAUGGGAUCGCCUCCUCCGCCGCCCCCUCCGCCGCCUCCCCCACCUCCCCAGUCACUUCCUCCCACAGUGAACCAAACAAGUAGCCCAACGAAGCAGCAGACGUGCGAGUCUGAGUGCGCCUCACUGCCACUGGCUCCGUUUUCCCCCCGAUUCUUUGACAGCAGCCAGCUGCUGACCGCGAGGAAGAAGCUGAGGAAGACUGCGUCUCUGGACUCCUCGCAGUGGAGGAAGGCGAGCUCGCCCAUGGACGAAGUCUUGGCCUCCCUCAAGCGGGGCAGCUUCCACCUGAGGAAGGCCGAGCUGCGAGUUCUCGGCCCCGACCCGGACGACGACAGCAACAACAUCCUGGCUCAGAUCCGGCAGGGUGUCCGUCUGAAGAAGGUCCGCACCCGCCCGGAGCAGCAGCGCCACCCCAAGAGCUUCCUGCACUCGGCCGACGCCCUGACCCGCAGCAUCCACGAGGCUCUGAGGAGAAUCAAGGAGGCGUCGCCGGAGUCAGAGUCUGAAGACGAAGGCCUUCCUUGCACAGACUGGGAAAACUAAGGUGGUUGAGUGGAAGAGCUUCACAUGCAGAACUUGUUAGUUUUAUAUAAUUGUGUGCAGCCAAAACAAGGAGGAAACAAUGAGCUGAGUAAAGCAGACAAGCCAGGGUCAGCUGAAGGCAACUUGGUGCAAUUAGAACAAAAAAAGUUUGGUUUUUCUAAAUCAGCCGAUGUUUCUUUUCCUACUCGUGUUUUUGAUUUGAAUCACUUUUAAUGUGUUGCUGUUGCAGUCUUUGCGAGGACACAACCUCUAACCUCCUGUUACAUCAGAGUCGUACUGUAGCUCGUUGUGGUGGGUUUGUUUGAAGAAGGAAACAUUUGGUCCUUACUGCUGUGAAGACAGAUCUUCUGUGUCGGCUUUUUUACUGAACUUUACUUCACAACAACUAUUUAUACUGCUCAGCAGCUCACAGAAGCAUCCCCAGUCACACAAGGAGCAAUUGGCUGUUAGAGCAUAGCAAUAGGAAAAGAUGAGUUUCAUUCAAAUUGAGGCAUACCAGCAUAAAGAGCAAAUUUAUAACUUAAAAAAUACUGUGGAGUUAUUAGUUACUUAAAAUAGCACUUUCAAGAAAGUAAAGAAGUGUGCAACUGAGUAGGAGGAUUUACAAUUGCAAUGAAAAAUGUCCAGCCCCUCAGCCUAGACAGAUUUCAGUGGUGUGCAUGAAGAUAACUUCUAAAAACACCUCAAUGACCAAUAGAAAUGUUACUUGGACAACAACGGUGGAUCUAACCUUGAAGUUCAAAUCAAAACUCUUUUAACACGUAAGUGUGCAGUAGUAUUCAACCCCCAACUUUAGUACUUGGAGGAGCACUCUUUAGCUUUUCUAAAUGCCACCAAACUGGAUAAGUACUGACGAGUUUCCUUAAUGUGUUGAGAGAAGGCAUCACGUUCCUCUUCAAAACGGCCUGAUAUUUCUAGGAAUCUGUGACGCCAGGUACAAGAUCAAGAUUACAGGUUACUGCUGCAGAAAAACAGCCCUACAUCGACAAUGAUCCACCUCAAUGCUUGACUGUAGGGCUGGUAUUCCUCUGAUCAUAAUUCUGGUCUUUGUCACAUCGCUUGUCCUUAUGUCCAAACGGUUCCAGUUUGGUUUCAUCAGUCCGUAAAACUGUCUCUCAAACCUCUGUAGACCUAUCCAGAAUCAUCCUUGCAUAUCGUAGGGUAAGGGCGAUGUUCUGCCCCCCUGGAUGGUGUCACAACUAACAGAAUGGCAGACCAGGUGUACCUACUAUAAAGAGAAACAAGACCAAACAAAA